AAAAUAUUUUAAAAAUUAUAUUUAUUAUUAGUCUGAAUUAAAAUAUAAUAUUAAUUUCUAUGAAUAGGUCCAUUAGGUCCAUUUUUAAAAAAAUCACACAUGAAUCAAGGUUGUGACUUCUGUUUUAAUAUAUAAGAUUCUAUUUAUUACAGUAACAAUAACAAUUGUGCACUAGUACGCAUUAGUAAACGAUGUUUAAUAAUGCAUGCUUGAAAUAUUCAUGCAAAGCACGACGCGUUUUCGGACAUUAUUUUCUUUUUUCGGACAGUAUGAUUAUGAUAAUGAGUGUGAUUAAUGGGUCCCUCGAUUAAUUGAUUUUCUUUCCUUCCUAAUUUAUGAACGAAGCUAGAUAAUUAAAGAAAACAAAUUACAGAGAAGUUAUGGAGGAUUUCUAAAGAGUAUUUUAUUUAGCUAAACAAACAAAUUAAGAGUACCAAAUGUUAAGCCAAAAAAGUUUUGUUGAAGUAUUUUAUAUAGCUAAAUACUUUUUAGAACACAUGUCUAAAUUUCUAAUAAAGUAAGAUUACGCUAUGUCCAAGAUAAGAUUACUUCGGGAUAUAUUCUGUAACUUUUGUGUUUUACUGUUUGGCUGCUAGUGCUUAUAAACAAUGACCAAGACUAUCGCUAAAACUCACGUUGGCCCAAUAUCAUUGGUUCUUUUGGACCAAAGACAUUGAUUUAUUAUGUAUUUUUGAUUAUUAUAUUAGUUAUGGAAAGCAUUUGAUUCCUUUUGCUCAUCCCAGUUGAAUGAUGUGUUGUUUUUUAAUUCCCCCCACGAUGAUUCCAUCUAAUUUGUCUUUCAUGAAUUUGGUAGGUAGGUUUGGGCUACUGAUGGGCUUUUAUUGGCGCCUUCCAAAUGAAGGCGUUUUGCGAGAUUUAUGUGGGCUUUCUCAUUGUACAUUUUAUGAAUUUUAGAACCUGACGGAGUUGUUUUUGGUUAUCGAGAUCUUCCUCAUACGGCCUAUUUAUUUAUUGGGCUUAAGGGCCUUUGUUAUUAUGGAAUCUUGCCAUAUUUGCUUCUCUAAUUUGCAUAUUAGAAAAACCAACUCAAAAACAUACAUUCAUUCUUUUCAUGUUAAAAGUUGAAAAAGCUAGAGGAAAAAUAUUCUGAAUCACUUUUUUAUUUGAGAAAACAGUUAAUUUCUCUCUAUAUUACUUUUCCUAAUUGCCAACAUAUAUUUUUUUCAAAUAUGCUACACAUGUCCUAAAUAACAUUGUUGUAGUUCUGAGAGAAAAAUAGAAUAAACAUUUUAUAUAUUAACAAAAAAUAAUAUAUAUAUAUGUAUAUAUUAUGGAAUGCAUUUUAUUAUUUAAUGUUUAAAUUAUAAUUUUAUCUAUAUAUCGUGAAAAGCGAGUUUUUUUAACUGAAACUUAUAUUAUGAGUUGCAAAGUCAAAUUUAUGACAUCCAUUAACCAAUUAACAUUUCUUUUAGAAUUUUUUUAAGAAUGACCAUAUACAUUCAUAUUUAUAUUUGUACCUAACGAUAUAAAGUUGCGUAUAUUUUGGAUAACACUGAUUUUUUUUUAGGAAUUAAGCACAUAGUUUUAUGUUUAUUGUAUAAAUUCGUAUAAUUGUACACUAAUCUUAUCAGCCUCAAAGUGGUAUGUUAGAUAGAAAGCGGUACAGCUUUGGAAAAACUUUACCUGGUAUCACUCAUAUACUGUACAUUUUAGAUAGAAAGCGGUACAGUCAUGUCAAAUUAUUAGUUUGAGCUAGGUUGAUUGAGUUGAUCUUAAUAAUGUGUGAUCUUUCCACAUCAUUUGCAUAUAUGGUACGAAAUUGACUACCCAAGAAGUCCUUUUUUUACUUUUAUGUGAUUGAUGGGAGAGGGAGACCUACAUAUUUUUUUUUCGACUAUGGCUAAUUGGACGAUAAUAAAAUAGUUCAAACAAUCGUCUUAUUGUACCAAAAAGAAUAAGCAUGAAUAUGUUUUGUGCAAGUGUGUAUUGAUACUGUAUCUUAGCAUAUAUGCUUAACGAACGAAUUAUUAGUGCGUGCAUAAAUAUGAUUUAUAGAUGUUGACAAACAGAAUUAGAAUAUACACAUAUGUACUUGUUUGGCCAUGUCGGUUGGUGUCAUCAUGUAUAAACUUACAACAAAUGUAUAUAUACACUUGAAACAAAAAAUAUAGAUACGCAUAACCUUUUUUAAAAGAAGAUACGCAUAACCGAAAUUAUUUUUUUAUAUAUACACUUGAAACCAAAAAUUUAGAUACGCAGAACCGAAAUUAUUUUAUAUAUAUAUGUGUGAAUAUAUGAAAUCAACUGAAUCUUCUGAAUGAAAAGAUGGGACUUUUCCUAUAAUGCAAGAACAUAAUUCGAGAAAAUGAUAUACGAAACUGAAUUGAAUAACUUGAUAGAUUCAGAAGAAAGGGACAAAGAUGCAGAGCGUGGAGUUCCUUCUAAAGUUCUAAUGAUUGUAGAAGAAACUCAAGAGAACUUGAUCUACAAGAGAUGGCGAUGACUCGUGAUAUGCAUAUCUAAGACAUUGUGUAUAGCCUAUGCAAUAAUCUAUUUUGUAUCGUCUCUUUUAUAAACUGGUCUAAAAUUUGGGUGAGUUUUUUUUUAAUAUAAACAUAUAUGAGAGAGUAUACAAACUGAAAUAACCUGGUGAUAUUACAAAUUUUAGAUGAUUCAUUAACCAAAACAACCAUGGUAACAUUAUAAUAUACGGAAAAAUAUCAGCAUUUUCGCGAUGCGGUUUUUUACUAACUAAUCAUACUUAGCUAUGUGGUAUCAUGAUUCAUUAACCAAAAAUAACCAUGUAAUGUCACGAUUUUUUGUUAGAUGAUCAUUCCUUCAGCUUGUAGUGGUACGUGUCAGCCAAAUGAUUCAAAUCUAACGUCGAUACUUGGGAGUUUAACGUCAUUUAACAAGGGGCAUGAGUUUCGGUAGACAAGAAUGCUUUGUAUCGAGACAAACGUUGAAAUCUUGAUGAGCCUAUGUAUUAAGUGUCAUUGGUUAACUGGAGGUUUGCAUAUGCAUAAUAAACCAAUAGACAUAAUAAAAAGAACAAAAAUGUAAACAGAGAAGAGUAUAUAUGGACUCUAUACAAAAAUGGCAUGACUCAGUGGAGAGUGUUUUCAAGAAGAAGAAGAAAACAAAGAAGCAUGCACUAGAUGUCUGAGAUAAUGAUUACACCUUGUUGUUUAUAUAAGGGAAUAGAAAGAUGACAUAUGGGUUGGUUUAUUAAUUAAGUGUUAAUGUGAAAAAGGUUUAAGAUAGAUAUGAAUGAAAUGAGAAAAUCUAAAAUAGUAAAGAAGCUAUAAGUGAAUAAUUAGAAGAGAGAAAAUGUAGAGCUUUGAUGAUGUUGAUGCACGCGGUCAGCCGUCAGCUUUUCUUCACGCCUGCUCCCACUCACUCACACCUAUACACAUUCUCUCUCAGCUCUAUUUUAUAACAUUUUCGCAUAUCUCUAUAACAAAAGAAAAUUGAAUUGAUAGUUCAUGCAAUUGUUUUGUUGGUCUAUCAAAAUUUGUGUUGGGAACUUGGGAUCGAUGUCACCGAUUCAAAGCAUUACGGACUACAUUAGUACUAGUAGCAUGGAACAAGAUGCGUCUUUUUGUUAUAUGAAUUAAGGUUUGAAAGGAAAGAUGAAUAAAGGUUUUAGUUAAAAAAAAAAAAAAAAAAAAAAAAAAAAAAAAACAAAAACAAGAUGCGUCUUUUUGUUAUAUGAAUUAAUUUAUUCAUAAAAUUCAAACUGCAAACGUCUGAUCGAAUACAAAGCCGGCAAUUGCACACCCACAAUUCCAUAGACAAAAACUGGUGGUCUAAGAACUCCAGAAGAAGAAGCCGGCGGAUUAACUUUUACAAUCCCGGAACCUAGCACAUGAGAGACAAACUUAAACAGAUAAAGCAAAACCAAACAAAACCCUAACUAAUCAACAAACAAGAUGCGCAUAUACAUCAAAUAGAAAUCUAAUAGUAAUAAAAUAGUGAUUUCUGUUAGAUUCGGGUUUAUUAUGGGCUUCCAACUUAAAACCAAUUGGCAAUUAGUGGAUUGGCCCUAACCCUUUAUAUAAUAGUAGAUUAAUUCUUAUAUAUCCGAUGUGGGAUGUUUCUCAUCAAUACCCUCCCUCACGCUCAGACAUCUAGGUCUGAAGCGUGGAUAAUGUGGGAAUAACAUCCACAGAGGGCCCACCAUCGGUAUAGUAGUAGUAGUUGUAGUAAAUUAGGUCAAAGGAUCUUAUCGCUCUGAUACCAUGUUAGAUUCGGGUUUAUUAUGGGCUUCCAACUCAAAACCAAUUGGCAAUCAGUGGAUUGGCCCUAACCCUUUAUAUAGUAGUAGAUUAAUUCUUAUAUAUCCGAUGUGGGAUGUUUCUCAUCAAUAAUUUCGUGCAUUGCAUAUGGGUAACUUAGUCGCGAAUCGUCUAAUACUUUGAAACCUUUUUGGCGCUUGAUUGGUUGGAUGUGGUAGAAGAUAAGUAAGGACACGUUCUAACUUUUUGCGUCUGCUGAUUUAGGAUGUAUGAGGAAUCCUUUUAUUUGUAUUUUGCACACCAAUUAGGAUGGUACUUGAACAACUUUGGUUUCAUGCAUUUGGCCUAUAUUUUAACAAGCAUCGUAAUAGACACGGCCUUUUGGGAAAUUUACGCUAACUGUAUAACAUGUGUGUCGUUUUCAAUAUCUAGGUGUCUAAAAAUCACAUAUUCAUAAACAUAUUCGCGUGAUGAACGAUCCACGUAAAUACAACAUUGCAUGAGAGAGAGAUUAAAAAUGUAGAAGAAGAAAUAAAAGGGAAGGUUACUCGGGUGGAUCGAUAUGAAAAGGAAAGAAAAGCGAAACCCACUAAGCCAUUACAUGAUAUCGACCUUUUUAUCCUUUUCUUCUUUAUUUUGUAACUUCUUUUUCUCAUUUUCUUUUGUCAUGGCAUUUUUCUCUAGUGAAACCUCCAAAAUAUCUAACUAAUACAUUUAAUAUUCCCAUGUAAAUAACUUAAGCUAUACUUUAUAUAUCAUGAAAAGAUUGGAGGAGUGUUAAAUCGUAGAACGAAUAAAAAUAACUAUACCUUUUUCUGUAGAAAAACUAAAAAAAAACUAGUAGAAUCAUUACGUCAAGAGUUAUUUAACGAUCAUCAGUUAGGGCUAAAGUAAAAACAAAAACAUUCUUGAUUAUCCAAGAAUAGAAAAAGCAUGUUGUUGUUAAAAAAAACCGGUGUUUUCUCUCUCUAAUUAUUUUCUGCUAAACACAAUUAGAUUCAAAUAAUCUAUUAAGUCCAAAAGAUAAACAUGAGACAACAAUUUGAUGCAAGAAAAUCCUCUUUUCAUGCUCCAUUCUUUCUUUAAAUUACUAAUUAUAAAACUCACAUAAACCACCAAACCCAUUCCCUACAACUCAGCUUCAUCGAAGAUUCACUCACUCCCACUUAAAAAUAAAAUAAUAUAUAUAUACAACAACACACGAUGCUGGUGCAAUAUACAUACCAAAGUAUCAAAUCUAGAUAUUGUGGGUCUCCCAUCUCUCUUCUCUGUACUCUUCAUUUUGCUAUUCCAUAUUAAAGACGAAGAAAAAUGGACACUCUCUUUACAUUAGUCAGUCUCCAACAACAACAAUCCCAUAGUAUCAUUACAAAUAAAUCUUCGCAAAGCAGAACCUCUACCACCACUACAGGCUCUCCACAAACAGCUUAUCACUACAACUUCCCACAAAGCGACGCCGUCGAAGAAUGCUUAAACUUUUUCAUGGAUGAAGAAGACCUUUCCUCUUCUAAUUCAUCUCAACACAACCAUCACCACAACAACAAUCCUAGUAACUACUACUCUCCCUUCACUACUUCCACCCAAUACCAUCCCGCCACAUCACCAACUCCUUCCACCACCGCCGUCUUGGCCUCACCUUACUCAUCCGGCCACCACCAUGACCCUUCCGCUUUAUCCAUCCCUCAAACUCCUCCUUCCUUCGACUUCUCAGCCAAUGCCCAGUGGGCCGACUCCAUCCUCCUCGAAGCAGCACGUGCCUUCUCCGACAAAGACACCACACGUGCCCAACAGAUCCUCUGGACACUCAACGAGCUCUCUUCACCAUACGGAGACACCGAGCAGAAACUCGCUUCUUACUUCCUCCAAGCUCUCUUCAACCGCAUGACUGGUUCAGGCGAACGAUGUUACCGAGACAUGGUAACCGCCGCAUUCACGGAGAAGACAUGCUCCUUCGAACAGACGCGCAAGACCAUGCUCAAGUUCCAAGAAGUAAGCCCGUGGGUCACGUUUGGACAUGUGGCGGCAAACGGAGCGAUCUUGGAAGCAAUAGAUGGAGAGGCAAAGAUCCACAUCGUUGACAUAAGUACAACGUUUUGCACUCAGUGGCCGACUCUUCUAGAAGCCUUAGCGACAAGAUCAGACGACACGCCACACCUAAGACUAACCACAAUAGUUGUCGCUAAUAAAUACGUCAACGACCAAACGGCGUCGCGUCGUGUGAUGAAAGAGAUAGGACACCGAAUGGAGAAGUUUGCUAGGCUAAUGGGAGUUCCUUUUACAUUCAAUAUUAUUCAUCACGCCGGAGAUUUAUCCGAGUUUGAUCCGAACAAGCUCGAUAUUAAAUCAGACGAGGUCUUGGCCGUCAACUGUGUAGGUGCCAUGCAUGGGGUUGCGCCUUGCGGAAACCCUAGAGACGCUCUGAUAUCUAAAUUACGAAGGUUAAGACCGAGGAUAAUGACCAUCGUCGAAGAAGAAGCUGAUCUUGUCGGAGAAGAAGGCUUUGAUGAUGAGUUCUUGAGAUUGUUUGGAGAAAGCCUACGUUGGUUUAGGGUUUGCUUUGGGUCGUUGGAAGAGAGUUUUCCGAGGACGAGCACUGAGAGGUUGACGCUAGAGCGUGCGGCGGGACGUGCGAUCGUUGACUUGGUGGCUUGUGAGCCGUCGGAUUCGACGGAGAGGAGAGAGACGGCGAGGAAGUGGUCGAUGAGGAUGAGGAAUGGAGGGUUUGAUGCGGUGGGGUAUAGUGAUGAGGUGGCUGAUGACGUCAGAGCUUUGUUGAGGAGGUAUAAGGAAGGAGUUUGGUCGAUGGUACAGUGCUCUGAUGCUGCCGGAAUAUUUCUUUGUUGGAGAGAUCAGCCGGUGGUUUGGGCUAGUGCGUGGCGGCCAACGUAAAUGAUUGGUUCUUUUUUAUAUAUAUUCGCACGUGUGGUGAUGGUUGAUGGUGGAUAUGAUUUUGAGAUUAAGAGUUACUGUAUGGUGAUAAUGCGUUCAUAAUUUGAAUUUUGCUUUUGGAAUAGGACUGAUUAAAUUGUGAUCAUUGAAGAGGAGGACGUCAAGAGUUUAUAAAUUCGUGAUUAUUAGUUUUAUUUUUUGCACAAAAAAUAAUAAUGUUUCGUUCUUCCCUUUUUGAGUUCAAAAUUUGUGAUUAGUUUGGUUUAUGGAAAAUAAUAGGGGUUUAUGAAUGAUUACAUUGAAUGAUCGAUUUAACCGAUCGAGCUCAUAA